AUGGAGAGGGAAAUUGCUGCCUCAUAUGAGCCAAAACUGAACAGUGAAAUAAGAAUUUUUGAGAGUUCAGAUGAGAUAUUAACAGAUCUAGCUGAGUAUAUCUCCCAAGUUUCAGAAAUCUCUGUUAAAGAAAGGGGAUACUUCGCUAUUGCCCUAUCUGGAGGGCCCCUUGUCAGUUUUUUGAGCAAACUUUGUGAAGCGCCAUACAUCAAGACCCUGGAUUGGUCUAAAUGGUACAUAUUCUGGUCUGACGAACGUGCUGUAGCAAAGAACCAUGCAGACAGUAACUAUAAGUUAACAAAAGAAGGAUUUCUAUCAAAGGUACCUAUUAUGAGUGGCCAUGUCUACUCCAUAAACGACAGCGCCACGGUGGAGGACGCGGCGACGGACUACGAAUUUGUCAUCAGGCAGCUGGUGAAGAUCCGCACUAUAGGGGUCUCGGAGAGCACCGACUGCCCCAAGUUCGAUCUCAUCCUCCUCAGCAUGGGCUCUGACGGCCACGUGGCGUCAUUGUUCCCUAGCCACCAAGCCCUGGAAGUGAAGGACGACUGGGUGACCUACAUCACGGACUCCCCGCAGCCUCCGCCCGAGAGAAUCACCUUCACUCUCCCUGUGAUAAACUCGGCGUCAAACAUCGCGAUCCUGGCGAUGGGCGUCGACAAGGCGAACGCGGUGCAUUCGGCCGUCUCUGACGGCGGCGACGGCCCAGACGCCCCUGCAUCCCUGCCGGCCAGGAUGGUCCAGCCAACGGACGGGAAGCUGGUGUGGUUCCUGGACAAGGAGGCCGCCUCAUCGCUCGAGGCGCUGUCCGACGACGCCUACCAGCAGCAGCGUCAUGAGUGCUAG